AUGCUCGCCCGGAUCGCCUCGCAGCAGUCGCGCCUCCUGCGGCCUCUCGCUGUCCGGCACAUGUCCGGCGAUCACCGCCGCGCGCUCUCCUACGCCAGCACUUGCGCCCACGCCACGCACCACUCGCGCUCUGUUGAGGCACUGCGCAAGCGGACCAAGAUGACGGAGGUGCGUGCGUGGGUCAACGAGAGCAACAUGCCGGCGUCCGUCCGCGCCGAGACCGGCGUCAAGGACGUCGAGUUCUCCUUCUGCCCUGGCGAGGGGUGGCUGGCGGCCCGGUACAUCUUUAACGACCUCGACGACAUGGCCAAGAAGGCCGUGUCGACGGCGCCGCACUACGACAGCAGCCGCGAGGUGCACGAGUUCAAGGGCUUCUACCUCAAGGAGGUCUAA